UCAAGAUCGUCAAGUAUGAAAUCGACUCCAAAGAUUCUAUUAAACUUUUCGGAUCUGGUCGCAUCGAAAAUUUCUUGCUACCUUUACUUUACCUCGUAAUCAGGAGGCAUUUACAGAUCAUGAAACUCGCUAGCACAGUAGCUGUGGUCGAGAGAGAACUUGAGUCUGCAACUCAAACGAUAGAAAAUAUCUUAGAAGGGGUAUCUCUGCGCGUGGACCAACUGGCAGAGUCUUUGCGUCAGCAAGGCAAUGAUCCAAAAGCGAGAUUCGCGUGGUAUGCGCAUGGCUUGUACAACUUUUGGUACAGUCCAGAAUUAACCACAGACGAUACCGAAUACUGGGAAACUCACGAUUUUGGGCUUGAUGACACUGAGCUGGAGAUCGAUUCAACAGCAUUGAAGCUUGGUCCUUUCAGUCUGACAGAGGACAAUGGAGCGGUAGGAAGACCUGUCAAGUUCAUCGCAUUUAAUCCCGGUCAGCAGCCUGAAGACCCCAUGGAAGAAUAUAUCCGUUUGUGGUGCAUGAAUGACCUGCAGUAUAUGCGGAACUUUUACCCUCACGAAAUCCCGCCUUACCUAUCGUUGACCGACAAAGAAAGGUUCAAUGUCCUGUCCCAAGAGCUACCACCCGCAGACGUCGAGCGUUGGAAUUCAUUAGCUGAACUCCAGGUGCGCAGACGACUGUUCGAGUGUCAGUGUGAUGCAUGUCAUUACCUUGUCAGUGAUGUCCUUCACCGUUGUAUAGACUGCGAGUCCAACGACUACGAUGUGUGUGUAGAUUGCGAAUCUCAGCUGGUCUCGGAUCACAAAUUCCCAUCCGACCACAAGUCAACGCAUAACAUGCUUGUUUUCCGCAUGUCGCUACCUCAUGGUCGCUACCGCCGAGUCCGGUGGUAUGCCAGGAAUUUCUUAUCCACUUGCAUGCCUGCUGCAGCACCGCCAGAAGCACCAUUGGCUGCGCGAGAAGAUGAAUCCAAAACGCAGCCGGAUGGACCUGAACUUCCACAUCCCACAGAUGCCACUCGAGCAGAUGAUUCUUCCGCCUUUGUCGAUUUACAGGAAGGUGAUGAGAAGUUAAAUGGGAACCCGGGAGUAGCACUCGGGGAGAUGGCUGGAACCUCAGUUGCGAAUGGGGAUUCCUAUGCUUGUGCUGAAUGCGGCGUCAAGAUAAAGGGCAUUUUUUAUGUAUGCCUUACCUGCGCAGGUUAGAUUUCUGUACGUCUAAUGGGGCACAAAGCUUAAUACUUGUCACAGAACUCUAUUCCGCAAUUGCCCUAUGCGGUGAUUGUGCAUUUCGCGAUGUGUUCAACGUGGUCGCAGAGCACCACCCUUACAAACACUGGCUGGUGAAGGUUAAAGACCGGGUUCGAGAUGUAGACAUCGGAACAUCAGACGAACCUUUGGAUAAUGUGGACGAGAUUACUUCGCUUUCCUCACGAGUCGACAAACUGACUGCAAUGGUGGAAUCUCGCUUCAUGGAACAGGAUCUCCGCCUUAGUGCACUUGUCACACA